ACCAUCUAUCAAUAUUAUUGUGUCAAUUUAAUUUGCAUCUAUUUUCUCUUUCAAUGGAACGUGACGGUGGCCAUAAACAAACUUCUCACAAAACUCCGUACACUCAGCUUGAACAGGUUAGCUCUGAUUUCUUUCUAGCAAUUGGCCUGCAAGAGCAAAACGCAACAAUAUUCACAGCGCUCGCAGCGACACUGGAAAGCGAAGGAUCCUCCUCGUCGCUUGAUAAUGAGCAGGAAGACGAUGAUAACGCUGAUUUCUUCACGAGCUAUGAGUUUGAAACGGAGGACCUUCAGUUUCUUGAAAGCGAAGGAAGCAACUACGGUGAUGACGAAGACAUGGAUGACUUUGACUUCGACGUGGACGAAUUGACAUACGAAGAGUUAAUUGAGUUGGAAGACUUUAUAGGGAAGCAGAAGAGAGGGUUAUCAGCAAAUGAGGUUUCUUCGUGCUUGCAUUCCUACACCUUCGAUUCUGUUAACGAGAGGAAAAACAGUGGAACCGAUCGGUGCGUGAUUUGCCAGAUUGAGUAUGAAGAAGGUGAAGCGUUGGUGGCACUUCGUUGCGGACAUCCUUUCCACACGGAUUGCAUAAGCAAGUGGCUUCAAGUAAGAAAGGUUUGCCCAAUAUGUAGCAGUGAAAUUUCGGCUCCCGAGAUUGUCAAUAAACAAGAACCCUUCAUUGUUUAGUUACCGUUGUUUUAGACGAUGGCGAUGCUCAUAAAUUUGUACAAUAAAAAUUUGAAUGAUAACAUAUAU